AUGCGGCUAGUGCCACUUUUACUAUCUCUAUUGCUAAUCCUAAGUGUUACUACAUUGUACACUAUUUCUGCUGCUCGUCUCUCCAUUGAUGAUAUGGAAGAAGGUGGAAAUAUUGAUGAUCAAUAUGUGGAUAGGGUGGAAGAUAAUCAUCCUGUGCAUAAAUUACUACCGGAUCCUCAAGAUCCAGAGAUGCUUCCUUCUCUUAAGUGCUCCGCCUGCGGUGCUGUGAUUGAGGAAGCGAUUCAUUUAAUGCGUCCAGCUAUUGUGCGUUAUCUGGAACGCAGAAGAAGAGAUGCUCAAAAGGGAAAAGACACACAAAACGAUAAAGGACCGUCUGAGUAUGAGACUGUGGAUGCGUUUGAGAAGUUGUGUCGUCGAGUCUCCAUGGAUUACGCAUUGGAGAUGAAAUCUGAGAAGGUUCCAUCGUUGUUCUUUACAAAGUCUAAGGCCUCACAGCGGGUGCAUGGCGGUUGGAUGCCGUUUUUUCUUUCCUCCACAUGUGAAGAACUGGUGGAAGAUGAGGAAGACCGACUGAGAACUGAGAUCUUCGCAGCUGCAGUAGCAGAGGAAAAAGAAAUAUCAGUUGCUCAUAUGGAUUUCUUAACGAGAAUUGCAUUAAGAGUCAGACAGUCUAUAUGUCCACAGUGGUCACGGUCUGCAAAAGGGUGCGAUCCUCGAGGAUUCCCGAUUGAUCCAAGAAAACAACCAUUGGAUGAUCUGUAA